AUGUCCACUCCUGCAAACGCACAUCCCACCUGUGAGGCGCUACCCAUCAAACAAGAAGAGUUUGAAACACUCCGUGCGCCAAGCUUGAUCCCCAGCAGCAUAAUAGUAGGUAACCUACCACACAAGUAUGAACCGCAACCCUCCAGCACACUGACCCCCGUCGCCACCACAUAUCAGCAACUGAUAAUGGCUACAUUGUACAAAAUGCCCAUACGUGGGACUAACAAGGUGCCGAAAUUCAACAGGACUACAGAGAAUCUUGUAGAUUUCAUCGACAUCUAUGAAGGACAUGCAAAUGAAGCAGGCCUCUGCGGGCUUGACUGCAUCAAAGGUAUCAUUCGCUACCUACCCCCGAGCGAACAGGAGCUAUGGGGCGGGUUACCUGAAGUGACCCUUAGCAAUUACGAGGCAUUUAUCAAAGAAGUCAAGGUAAUGUACCCCGGCUGUGAAGGCCCUAAGUACUACAUGCUCAACGACUUUCAGGCAGUCAUGUGCAAUCAUGCGAGUAAGCUGAUGCCCUUGGCCAAAGAAUUGAGCGAUUAUCUUUGCAUGUUCAGGAGAAUUAUGCAGCCACUCAAGAAUGAAGAUCGCAUAGGCAAGUCUGAAUGUGACUGCAUAUUCUUCCAAGGAAUCCCAGGCGAUGUCCAGAUGCAGAUCCGCACAUGUCUACUGAUCAAGUUUCCUGACCACCAUCCACGGGAGCCGCACCUGUACAUGAAUGUCUUCGAAGCUGGGCAGUUUUUACUACCGGCCACAGCCGCCUCAGCAGCAACUCAAGUCAGUGCACCAGCAACGGACCUCAUGAGCUUAGUCGUGACACCUCCAUCUGCACAGCAGCCAGCACAAGGCUCUGUAAUGAAGUGCGAGUAUCAGUAUAAGCGCGGUAACGCACCCCUGCAGGAUGACUGUGUAUUCUGCAGCAGUCUCAAACAUUUUCUUGGUUGA